CACAUGGUUUUGUCGUUUGUCGGCAUUUCGUUUUUGUGUUACAGUGCAUCCUCCUGUCCCGCGUUUAACCAUCGUACAGUUAGAGUUCUCACUCAUUUUUCGGUUGAUUAUCUUUACAAGUUCAUUUAUUCGUAUACAUAAUGGCAGGCAGCAAACCAGCGUAUAAGAUAGCUGACAUUAGUCUGGCGGAAUUCGGCCGCAAGGAAAUUGUAAUGGCAGAGAAUGAGAUGCCUGGACUCAUGGCUUUGAGAAGAAAGCAUGGUGCAUCCAAACCACUUAAGGGAGCAAGAAUUGCUGGUUGUUUGCACAUGACUGUCCAGACUGCUGUCCUCAUCGAGACACUACUCGAGUUAGGAGCAGAGGUGCAGUGGUCCAGCUGCAAUAUAUUUUCUACACAAGACCAUGCAGCAGCUGCUAUGGCUAAAAGGGGAGUUCCUGUUUAUGCAUGGAAGGGAGAAACUGAAGAGGAGUAUGUGUGGUGCAUUGAACAGACAUUAAUCUUCAAAGAUGGCCAGCAGCUUAAUAUGAUUUUGGAUGAUGGUGGUGAUCUUACAAGCCUUGUGCAUACGAAGUAUCCACACCUGCUAGAAGGGAUCAAGGGCAUCACAGAGGAAACUACUACAGGUGUACAUAGCCUUUACAAGAUGCUGAAACAAGGUCUACUAAAAGUUCCAUGCAUUAAUGUCAAUGACUCUGUUACAAAGAGCAAAUUUGACAACCUGUAUGGUGUUCGAGAGUCACUAGUAGAUGGCAUCAAGCGUGCGACUGAUAUUAUGUUGGCUGGAAAAGUAGCCUGUGUAGCAGGUUUUGGAGACGUGGGGAAGGGUUGUGCCCAGUCAUUGAGAGGGUUUGGGUGCAGAGUGCUCGUCACAGAGGUAGAUCCCAUUAAUGCUCUCCAGGCUGCCAUGGAAGGCUAUGAAGUUACCACACUUGAAGACGCUGCAUCUCGUGCCUCGAUUUUUGUGACUAGCACUGGUUGCCAGUCUAUUGUGCGUGGGGAGCACAUGAUGAAGAUGAGAAAUGACUCCAUUAUCUGCAACAUUGGCCAUUUUGAUAUUGAAUUGGACGUUAGCUGGCUUGAUGCCAAUGCAGUGGAGAAAAUUGAAGUCAAGCCGCAGGUUGACCGCUACAAGCUUUCCAAUGGAAAUCAUAUAAUCUGCUUAGCCAAGGGUAGAUUGGUAAAUUUAGGAUGUGCCAUGGGUCACCCCUCCUUCGUCAUGAGCACUUCAUUUACAAACCAAGUACUUGCACAGCUGGAACUUUGGAACAGAGGAUCGGAAUACAAAGUUGGCGUGUAUUUCCUGCCCAAAAAGCUGGAUGAAGAAGUUGCUGCUCUACAUUUGGAUCAUCUUGGUGUGAAGCUCACCAAGCUUACCCCAGAGCAAGCGUCUUACCUAGGAAUUCCUCCUGAGGGGCCCUUCAAACCAGACCACUACAGAUAUUAAGCACUAGGUACUUGCACUUACUGCUAAAAGUGACCAUGCUUUUUCAGUGCUUUAAGCAAAUGUUUUUGGGCAUUCUUCAUUAAAAUGCAUUUUGUACAAGGG